CGGGGCUUCUUCCAGCGGGUCAAAGGUCAGUAAAUAGAGGUGACGUCAGAAGACCAAGAUGGCGGAAGGGGAAGAUGGAGGCUGGUGGAGGAGCUGGUUACAGCAAAGCAUUCAAACUGUCAAAGAGAAGUCCACAGAGGCCUUGGAGUUCAUGAAACGGGACUUGACUGAGUUCAGCCAGGUGGUCCAGCAUGACACAGCCUGCACCAUCGCAGCCACUGCCAGCGUGGUCAAAGAGAAGCUGGCUACCGAGGGUUCUUCGGGCACAACAGAGAAAGUGAGAAAAGGACUCUCCAACUUCCUGGGCGUCAUCUCAGACACCUUCGCACCUUCGCCAGACAAGACUAUUGACUGUGAUGUCAUAACUCUGAUGGCGACACCUUCCGGGACCACCGAAUUGUACGAUAGUGCCAAGGCCCGGCUAUACAGCCUUCAGUCCGACCCGGCCACCUAUUGCAAUGAACCAGAUGGACCCUCUGAGCUGUUUGAGGCCUGGCUGUUACACUUCAACCUAGAAGAGAAGAAAAAAGAGAUCUCAGAACUGCUGGGGAGCAGCCCAUCCAUCCGCUCGCUGUACACCAAAAUGGUACCAGUGGCUGUGUCCCACUCAGAGUUCUGGCAACGCUACUUCUAUAAAGUCCAUCAGUUGGAGCAGGAGGAAGUUCGAAGGGAGGCUCUGAAGCAGCGGGCUGAGCAGAGUGUUCACUUCGAGGAACCAGGCUGGGAGGAGGAGGAGGAGGAAUUCCUCGGGUCAUCGCCAGCCCCCCAAUCUCACGUUGACAUACAGUCUCCCCAAGAGAUGAAGCCAUCCUCCCCCAUCUCUGUGGAAUUUGACACUCCAACCCUGGAGGCAUCGGUGGAAAGCUGGGCUAUGCUGAGCACCCCAGUGGAGGUAACCCCAUCAGAAAGCAGCGAGAGUGUCUCCUUGGUGACUCAGAUUGCAAACCCCCUGGCCGUGCCAACUUCCCUUUUACAGACUGGAGCCCAGCUCUUUGGUGCGGGAGACCUCUCUCAGAGGCUGCAGGAAGCAAGUGCAGAAGAGCCAGCCUCAUUGCCAAAGCCAGAGGAGCCCAUGCGGCCGCCUCCAGCCUCACAGGAGGUGAAGCCUUCUCCAGAGAAGCCCAAGGAGCAAGUGGAGAGUAAGCCGGCAAACAGGAUAGAGACUGUGCGGGAGGAUGCACCCACGGAUCUGCGAGUCUUUGAACUCAACUCAGACAGUGGGAAAUCCACACCUUCCAAUAACGGGAAGAAAGGCUCCAGCACAGAUGUCAGCGAGGACUGGGAAAAGGACUUUGACUUGGACAUGACCGAGGAGGAGGUGCAGCUGGCACUCUCCAAGGUGGAUAUCUCAGAGGAGCUGGAUGAUGAAGAAUGGGAAAACUGGGAGUAGUAGCCGUUGCUCCGUGCCGUGCAUCCUGGGCUCAUCCCCUGCCCCGCCCCCUCCUCUGCACCAUCCAAUGUGAAUUAAAUCACAAAGCAAAUGGUUUCUCUUCCUGUGUAAAUGUGUUCCAGGCUGGAUGCAUCUCAUCUCUGCUAAAAACUCUGUUGGGGUAUCUUGGACCACAGCACACUUGGAUUCUGAUGGUGGCUGGUAUCGCAUGAGGGGGUGCUGAAGAGCAUUGUCCUGGGGUGUGUGCAUGUGUAGAAAGUGGCACUAGGCACAUCUUUCCGGUGGAACCUCUGGACUAAAACUACUCUUGGAACUGC